UCUACUCUCUCUCUCUGUCCUCUGUCUGUCUCUCUCUCUCUCUAGACUCUCUCCACCCAAAAUCUGCAACAUCUACAGGGGAAAAGAAAAAGAAAAAAGACCUCAAAUUUCAAGUCACCGUGCAAAACCCAAAAAAGCAGAGCACAAAUUCACCCGAAAGAACAAGGAUAAGCGAACCAGGUUCAAAACUUAAAUAUCAUCCGUAUAAUAAGCUCAUGAAGCUUGCAAGUUGAGUGAGAGAUACAACAAAGCAGUCUUUAAUUUUCAUCAGGUGGAUAAAAAAUUGACAGCUUCUAUAGCUUAUUGAUUAAAUUGAGAGAUCUCCUGGGCUGGUACUCUGUUUGGCCUUGAGAAAUGUUGAAUUACAAUCUUCUGAUACUUGAUUGGUAGUGCUUGUAGCGGAAUUUGUUUUUAGCAUCUUUGUUCAUACCCAGAAGACAUUACAUGGCUACUUCAUGUGAAAGGUGGAUUGAUGGUCUUCAAUUCUCAUCGCUGUUUUGGCCCCCGCCACAAGAUGCCCAUCAACGAAAGGCCCAAGUUACUGCCUAUGUUGAAUACUUUGGUCAGUUCACAUCAGAACAAUUUCCGGAGGAUAUAGCUGAGCUGAUCCGUAACCGUUAUCCAUCGAAGGAAAGACGCCUUUUUGAUGACGUCUUAGCAAUAUUUGUCCUUCAUCAUCCAGAGCAUGGACAUGCUGUCAUUCUUCCUCUUAUUUCAUGUAUCAUUGACGGUACACUGGAGUAUGAUCGAAGUAGUCCUCCAUUUGCUUCUUUCAUUUCCUUAGUCUGCCCAAGUAGCGAGAAUGAGUACUCCGAACAGUGGGCUCUGGCAUGUGGAGAGAUUUUAAGAAUUUUGACUCACUACAAUCGCCCAAUUUACAAGAGCGAGUGUCAACACAGUGACGCAGACAGAAGUGACAGUGGCGGCCUUGCUACAACUAGUAACUCUGCAAACGGGGAUGUACAGCACGAGAGGAAAACAUUAAGGCCUUUAUCUCCAUGGAUUACUGAUAUACUGUUGGCUGCACCUCUGGGUAUUAGAAGCGACUACUUCCGUUGGUGUGGUGGAGUGAUGGGAAAAUAUGCAGCUGGAGAACUCAAGCCACCUUCAACUACUUCCCGUGGAUCUGGGAAGCAUCCUCAGCUCAUGCCAUCAACUCCAAGGUGGGCUGUUGCCAACGGCGCUGGUGUUAUAUUAAGUGUUUGUGAUGAGGAAGUUGCUCGCUAUGAGACGGCUACUUUAACUGCGGCUGCUGUUCCUGCACUUCUGCUUCCUCCUCCAACAACGGCUAUGGAUGAGCACCUUGUUGCAGGGCUACCUGCUCUUGAGCCAUAUGCACGAUUAUUUCAUCGCUAUUAUGCAAUUGCGAGUCCGAGCGCCACCCAAAGGCUUCUCCUUGGACUACUAGAAGCGCCACCAUCAUGGGCUCCUGAUGCACUUGAUGCUGCUGUACAACUAGUGGAACUGCUUAGAGCUGCUGAAGAUUAUGCAACUGGCAUGAGGCUUCCAAGAAACUGGAUGCAUUUGCAUUUUCUGCGUGCAAUUGGGACUGCAAUGUCAAUGAGAGCUGGCAUUGCUGCAGAUGCUGCCGCAGCGCUGCUUUUUCGUGUACUUUCACAGCCUGCAUUGCUUUUUCCUCCACUAAGGCAAGUCGAAGGAGUUGAAGUUCAACAUGAUCCUCCGCCUACUUAUAUUUCAUGCUACAGGAAACAGAUAGAAGUGCCUGCCGCUGAAGCAACAAUCGAAGCCACUGCCCAAGGGAUUGCAUCGAUGCUUUGUGCCCAUGGGCCUGAGGUUGAAUGGAGAAUAUGUACGAUAUGGGAAGCAGCUUAUGGCCUAAUUCCAUUAAGUUCCUCAGUCGUCGACCUUCCUGAAAUCAUAGUCGCAACCCCCUUGCAACCUCCCAUUUUAUCAUGGAAUUUAUACAUACCUCUCCUUAAAGUCUUGGAGUAUCUUCCUCGUGGAAGUCCAUCUGAAGCAUGUCUCAUGAAAAUUUUUGUUGCCACUGUUGAAGCCAUUCUUCAAAGAACGUUUCCACCCCAGUCCUCCAGAGAAGAAAUCAGGAAAACAAGAUUUCUUUUCGGUAUUGGGUCUGCCUCGAAAAAUCUUGCUGUUGCCGAGCUUCGUACAAUGGUGCACUCAUUAUUUCUGGAAUCAUGUGCCUCCUUGGAGCUUGCUUCUCGCUUACUUUUUGUUGUGUUGACUGUGUGUGUCAGUCACGAAGCUCAGCACAUUGCGAGCAAAAGGCCAAAAGGUGAAGAUAAUUAUCCUUCCGAUGAAAUCGUUGAGGACUUGCAAGUGAUGUCAAACAACCAGAGAGAAAAGAGAAAUAGGAAAACAAAAAAGCAAGGUCCUGUAGCAGCAUUUGAUUCUUAUGUAUUAGCGGCUGUCUGUGCUCUUUCUUGUGAACUUCAGUUGUUCCCUUUGAUAUCAAAAGGAAGUAACCAUUUAGAUUUCAAAGACAUGCAUGAUGUAGCAAAGCCUGCAAAGAUCAAUGGAUCUUCUAAUGAGUUCCGGAACAGUGUUGACUCGGCGGUUCGUCAUACUCACAGAAUAUUGGCAAUUUUAGAGGCUCUUUUUUCACUGAAACCGUCUUUGGUUGGCACGUCGUGGAGUUACAGUUCAAAUGAGAUAGUUGCUGCAGCUAUGGUUGCGGCUCAUAUCUCCGAACUAUUCAGACGGUCAAAGGCUUGUAUGCAUGCUCUCUCCGUCUUGAUGCGAUGCAAGUGGGAUAAAGAAAUUCACUCCCGAGCAUCUUCACUAUAUAAUCUCAUUGAUAUACACAGCAAGGCUGUUGCAUCUAUAGUCAACAAAGCCGAACCACUUGAAGCAUAUUUGAUGCACGGACCGGUUUGGAAAGAUACUCCAGUGUGUCUUAAUGGCAUAAAACAAAAUAAAUGUGCAACAACUAGCCGCACCGAAUCAGUGCAAACGUCUUCGUUGCAUUGCGAUAAUUCGAUCGAUUUGGAAACUUCACUUAUGAGUGUGAGAGAUUCACAAUCUAGUGAAGGCAGUGGAAAUCUCACAGGCAAAGGGAUUGCGAAUUUUCCAUUAGAUGCUUCAGAUUUGGCGAACUUUCUCACAAUGGAUAGGCAUAUAGGGUUUAAUUGUAGUGCACAUGUUCUUCUGAGGUCAGUGUUGGCAGAGAAGCAAGAAUUAUGUUUCUCUGUUGUUUCCUUGCUGUGGUACAAAUUGAUUGCAGCGCCCGAAACACAACCUAGUGCGGAAAGUACUUCUGCCCAGCAAGGAUGGAGGCAGGUGGUUGAUGCACUAUGCAAUGUCAUAAAAGCAACACCAACAAAAGCUGCAACAGCCGUUGUUCUUCAGGCCGAGAGGGAAUUGCAGCCUUGGAUCGCUAAAGAUGAUGAUCGAGGACAAAAGAUGUGGAGAAUCAACCAGCGAAUCGUGAAACUGAUUGUGGAGCUAAUGAGAAAUCACGAUACCCCAGAAUCAUUGGUAAUUUUGGCUAGUGCUUCAGAUCUUCUUCUGCGUGCUACAGACGGGAUGCUCGUUGACGGAGAAGCAUGCACUUUGCCACAGCUCGAGCUCCUGGAAGCAACCGCUAGAGCAAUUCAACCUGUUCUUGAGUGGGGUGAAUCGGGAUUGGCAGUUGCAGAUGGCCUUUCAAAUCUUUUAAAGUGUCGUCUACCGGCAACAAUACGAUGCCUUUCUCAUCCAAGUGCUCACGUCCGUACUCUUAGCACGUCAGUUCUUCGUGAUAUUUUGCAUUAUGCUCCAAUAAAAUCUAGUAGGACUAAACAAGUGGAAAUAAGUGCCAUACACGAAGCCCCUUAUCGAUACCUUGAUGUAGGCACCAUUGACUGGCUAGCAGAUAUCGGAAAGUGUCUAACGUGGGAAGCUCAUAGCAGACUUGCAACCGGAAUGCCUAUUCAAUUUCUGGACAUUGCUGCUAAGGAAUUAGGAUGUACCAUAUCAAUUUGACUUUGACAUUUCUAGUAUUUUAUAGUUGCUUUAGGGUUCACUUGAAUAUUCAUUACAUGUGAGGAUUUAUGAAUACUACAGAAAAACCAGUUUGCUUGAAGGAUGCAGUACAGGUAGGGCCAGAGAAGAAAAAAAAGUCGCAAAAAUGUCAUUACAAUCCUUCAGGCGGGUAGUGAUUGGUGUACAGCGAGAUUGUAGCAGACGAGCGAUAAUACAGGCAUUAUUAUGUCAGUGUCUAAAUUUCUUUCGCUCGAGGAAGUUGUAUUUGUACUGCUGAGCCCAAAACCAUUCUUGGUGAGUAGAUGGAUCACCAUGGAUUUCUUUUGGCACAAGAAUGGCAAAUGCCAGGCUGCCUCGGCUUUUCAACAAUCGAGUUCUUUUCUCUAAUUUUAAUGCUCUAAUUAUGUUGAUAUAUCUGUUGGGAAUUGUGCUGCUGGUGUUGUUUUUCUCCAUGAAUCUGACUCUGAUGGAGCUGUGAAUUUCUUGUCUAAAAUCGUUCAUGGCUUUGUGAAUCAAUCCAUUGCCAUGUUUAGUGCCA